AUGGCAAAGGAUCUUCGUGGUGGACAAGGUAUCGUUGAAGAUGCAAUGAAUUUUAAAUUGUAUGAAAACAUUUUACAGGAGAAUAAAAACACAAAAGUUUAUCCAUGUAUCUAUUGCAAAACCCUUUGUAAAAACUUUGAAAUGCUGUCUAAUGUGGACAAGACUGGCCGUGUGGGUCUCUUCUGCUCUAUUUGCUGCAUUACCUCGUAUAAAGUCAAGCAGUCUGGAAUACCAGGCCCUGCUCGACCUUGUAGCCUGUGUAGGCGCAGUCUGUCAGAACCAGCUUAUUACAACAAAACAGAACGUGUUCUUUACCAGUUCUGCAGUCCCAGCUGCUGGACCACCUUUCAGCGUACCAGUCCUGAGGGUGGCAUCCAUCUGAAUUGUCAUUACUGUCACAACAUGUUUACCGGCAAACCGGAGAUCUUGGAUUGGCAGGACCAUGUGUAUCAGUUCUGUUGUAAGGAUUGCUGUGAGGACUACAAGCGCCUCCAUGGAGUAGUGUCACAGUGCGAGUAUUGUAAGCAGGAAAAAAUCCUACAUGAAAAGAUCCGUUUUUCAGGUGUGGAGAAGAAUUUUUGUAGUGAGGGUUGUGUGCUGCUAUACAAACAGGACUUUACCAAGAACCUAGGCCUGUGUUGUAUAACUUGUACUUACUGUUCCCAAACCUGUCAGCGAGCGGUCACUGAGGAGCUGGAUGGUAGCACGUGGGAUUUUUGCAGUGAAGAAUGCAAGAGCAAGUAUCUACUAUGGUAUUUCAAGGCAGCGAGAUGUCAUGCCUGCAAACGUCAGGGGAAAUUGCUGGAAACCAUUCACUGGCGCGGAGAAAUAAAACAUUUCUGCAAUCAGCAGUGUCUGUUACGUUUCUAUAACCAACAAAACCAGCCCAACCUGGACACGCAGAAAGGGCCCGAAAGCCUGCUUCACAGUAAGAAAGGUCAGAAUGCAGGAUCCAAAACCCCAGCAAGUACACAGCAAAAAACAGAGACUAACGCAGCAUCACCAAAACCUGCCUCACCAGAGACUGCCCCUGCUCCACCACCUCCUCCUACGCCCAGCGUGCCACGUAAAAACAAGGCUGCGAUGUGUAAACCAUUAAUGCAGAAUCGAGGCGUCUCCUGCCGAGUGGAAACAAAAAGCACAGACUGUCAGACAGAUGAGGAUUGGAAGCCACAGGUUAUUAUUCUACCUAUCCCUGUGCCCAUAUUUGUGCCAGUACCUAUGAAUUUAUACUCUCAAAAAGUGCCUGCUCCAUUCUCUAUACCUGUUCCGGUGCCUGUACCUCUGCUGCUACCUACCACUUUAGAAAAUACUGAUAAAAUUGUGGAAACCAUUGAAGAACUGAAAGUUAAAAUUCCUUCCAACCCAUUAGAAGCUGAUAUUCUAGCCAUGGCUGAAAUGAUUGCAGAGGCAGAAGGGCUGGACAAAUCCUCUGACUUGUGCGAGCUUUCCAGUGACCAGAGUGCUGAGGGUCUUUUGGAAGACUGUGACAUAUUUGGGCCCACGCGAGAUGAUGUUCUGGCAAUGGCAGUUAAAAUGGCAAAUGUGCUUGAAGAACCAGGGCAGGACUUGGAGGCUGAUUUCCCAAAAAAUUCUGCAGAUAUAAAUCAGAGUGUGGAUUUCCUGCUGGAUUGUGGUUUAGUGAGCUCGGAUGAUGCUUCCGAGCAAGAUGCUUCUCGAGUUUUACGAAAGGGCCCAAAACGCAUGCUUUUAUCAGAAAAAGAGAGCAGCUCUCGGGACUCUCUUCUUAGCCAACGGAGCACUACAAACCUAAGUUUUACUUAUGGUGUAAAUGCCUGGAAAACUUGGGUGCAGCGAAAGUAUGAAGGGGGUGAGCCCAGCAAAGGAGAGGAAUUGCGCUUUGGCCCUAAACCUAUGCGUAUAAAAGAAGACAUUUUGGCCUGUACAGCAGCCGAACUUAAUUAUGGCUUGGCACAAUUUGUGAAGGAGAUAACUAGACCAAAUGGUGAACGAUAUGAGCCAGACAGCAUUUACUACCUAUGCCUGGGCAUCCAACAGUACCUCCUUGAAAACAGCCGGAUGGUGAACAUUUUCACUGACCUCUAUUACCUGACCUUCGUUCAAGAACUGAAUAAGAUUCUGACUUCGUGGCACCGCAGCCUGACGCCCAGUAGGCUGAUAUUCUCACGAGUGGAAGAAGAACAUCUGUGGGACUGUAAGCAGCUGGGCGUGUACUCUCCCUAUGUGCUCCUGAACACACUCAUGUUCUUUAAUACCAAAUUCUUUGGCCUGCGGACUGCAGAGGAGCAUAUGCAGUUGUCCUUUACCAAUGUUGUUCGACAUUCCCGCAAAUGUGCAACCAGCAGAGGAACCUCGAAAGUAGUGAGCAUCAGAUACUAUUUUCCUGCGCGACAAAAGAAAGGCAGAGAAAGUUUAGCAAAGCGGAAGCGUGAAGAUGAUCAGCAACCAGUAAUGGAGCAGCAUGAGAAUAAGAUGAACCCUCUACGAUGCCCUGUCAAGUUUUACGAGUUUUACCUUUCUAAAUGCCCUGAAAAUCUUCGAAACCGCGCUGACGUGUUUUACCUGCAGCCAGAGCGAUCAUGUGUGGCAGAAUCUCCCCUUUGGUACUCUGUUAUUCCCAUGGACAAAAUCAUGUUGCAGAGUAUGCUGAGCCGCAUUCUAGCUGUGCGAGAGGUGUAUGAAGAACAGUUACGAGGGGGCACUAUAGGCGAGGACACUGAUUAAAUGGACAAGAAAGUGGGGGGUAAACAGUACAUUCUAAAGGAUUGUAAGCCUAUCGCCCAUGAAUACUGAACUUCAAGCCCAAUGGAGACGAUAAAGGACAUCACUUUGGGAAUUCAUCUACCACAGACGUUAGCACAAUAAAGUGCUGGACACUUCCCCAUCAGACCUUCCUGAAAGCUUUGUUGCAGAGUGAUCUGUCAAUGUUCUGUCCUCACAUCCUCUACAUCAUAGGAGGGCAAGUGAGAGAGGGAGUGGGCUGCUGACUUUUGUGUUUCUUUAGUUUUUGUUUUUAUAUUCUAGAUGCAGUUGGGUUAGGGCCAAUAGGACCAGUGUCAUGGAGAACUUAGCAUCACUCCAGUACAUAGUAGGCUUUCCUGCUUCUGACUCACAUUAUUCACCCCUUUCAGUGCACUUAGUUACACCAUUUAUGAGAUACCAGUUUUUAACUUGGUAUUGCUUCAUACACCCUCACCGAUCGAUGAGCCUCGCAAUGACAUUAUAGAGGUCUUCCCUAGUUUCUUCCAGAACAUCACAUCAUUUCUUCAGCUGACACGCUUCCCAGUGAUAGAUAUCACUUAGGUCUUUACCCUGUCUCCAUCAUUGGUUUAGCACAUUGUAAUUCUGCCAUUGGCCAGCAAGUGUCCUUGUAACCACAUGAGUUUUCAUACUUCGAGAAAAGCCAGGGUUGUAAACGUCUUUAUAACGAAAUAGCCUGAAUCGCCAUCUUUCAUGCUUUUGUGUCGUCAUAAGUGAUCAAUCCCCUGUCAAGGCCAUUUUUAUUAAAAGGAGACUGUUUAUGCAGAUGACGAUUGGGCAUUUUUUUUUUCUUUUCUGUGAAAGACGCUUAUUUUCCUCUGAUAUUUUUUAACCUGUUGAACAGUUUGGCUGCUUUUCAGAUAUGUACAUACUGUUUUUAAGAGUGUACCCUUGGCACUCGCCUCAUGUUCUCGGUUGUCAUGUGCUAGGUCCUGAGCAGCCCUGUUGUGGGAAAGUUUCAUUGCAAAUAAAGAUUUUAAUUUCC